AUGUCAGGGCUGAACAGUGACCAGCUUCAUCGCUCCACAUUGGGAAUAUACAUGACUCUAAUGGACCAGUUCAACCCCAGUAUGCAGAGGCUAGUGGCACUAGGGAAUAACUACAUUCAGGCUUUCCAAGCUCUAGCUGUAAGCAGCGAAGCCUACUUUAGUGCUCUUGGUAAGAUGGGCGAACAGGCCAUGCAGACCAUGUCAUCCCGUUUACUAGGCGACAUAUUAAUACAGAUUUCUGAGAGUCAGAGAAGACUUACCAGUGAACUGGCAGGGGUGUUUCGCUGGUUCCAAAAUGAAGUCCACCAGGAGAUGGAAUACAACAGCAGGCAGGAUAAAGACUUCUUAUUUGACAGUAGGAGGCGCUAUGAGAUGGAGGUGAGGAACCAGGCAAUGGCUUUAGAGAGACAGCUGAGGAGAGGGGGUCCACAGGACGGUCAUGAAUAUGUACAGUUCCUGAGGGAAAGCCAGAGAGAGGCCCUGAAAGAACAGGAGAGAAGAUAUCGCUUUCUAGCUGAGAAACACUGCGGACUCACUCAAUCCAUCGUAUAUCUCAUGAACAAGACAGGAAACACCCUGCAGCAGAGAGCAGAAGGUUGGAGAGAGCAGGUGAAUCAGACAAAGGGGUCCCAUCCAAUAACUGCAUCCAGAAUAGAAGACACGGUGGCUCAUGAUCAAGGUCGAGCUUGGGCAGAACAGCCUCUUGGCAGAGUGCCCUCUAGAGGGCCAUCCCCCCAACCAAUUCGAUCCCGCUCCAACUCGGUUGGAGAAACUCGUGGAUCAGGUGGCAGUAGGAUGAUGAGAGCAUUGGUGCCACACCCCCCCUCUUCUAAUCCCACCCUCUUGCCAUUCUCCAAAGGAGAAACCAUUACAAUACUUGUGCCAGAGCCACGAAAUGGCUGGCUAUAUGGUUGUUCAGAGGGUUCAGCACGACAAGGCUGGUUUCCAGCUGCAUAUGUUGGUCCAAUGGAAGAUACAUCUCGACUGCCUGACCUCAGCAGUGGAAAACUUAGAAGCAGUAGCAGCAUGAGCAACCUUCUUGACCAAUCAUGGAGCAAUAAAACAAGUGCACCUCCGCCUCCUCCACCACCACCUCCAAGCAAAUCGAGCAGCUCGUGCCCAGUCACACCCACUUCUUUUGAAAAUAAAAAACAAGAUAACUAUGGCUCUCGACCAGAACUUUUCCCGAGAGGCACAAACCCUUUUGCGACGGUGAAGCUGAAACCCACCACAACCAGCGACAGAUCAGCUCCACGCAUAUUCUAA